AUGAUGAAGAACCCUCUCUUUUCUCUGAAAAGUGUUCUUGUUACCUGGCAGAGCUCCAGCCCUUCCUUGGUGAUUGAUAUCCUCUUCGCCAUCUCAUGUGGACUAUUGCUUUUCCUCCUAUUACUCCCCUGCUUGGAGAGUGAUCUAUCCUUACCACCACCUAGGAAACACAGAAACAUCAGGAAGCGCCCAGUGGAGCCGAGGUGGAGGAGCAGGAAGAAAAGUGGAGCUUUGAAAGCCUGCAGAGAGUGCCUGCAAGAAAUAGGAGAGGCGCGGCGCCUGAUUUCUCUUCUGCAAAGCCACCUAGGGAGACUCUCAGACAAAGGCAGCUUUCCUCAGCAUUCUUGUCAAGACCCUCCUGGUAAGGUGUACAAAGCAGCAGCCACUGGAGCCAACCAGCCUUGCUGUGUGCCUGUGGAAAAUGCUGGCCCUGCCAUGCCCACAUCAGCUUCCCCAGCUCUCCUGACCAUCUAUCCUCUGCCACUGGCCUCCAGCCUAUCAGCAGAACAUCAAGACACACCUGACUUGAUGAGAAUCCCUCUGGGUACUGUUGUAAAGAGCUCACCUCAAGGUAACUCCUUUUUGGCAUCUCCCAUCACAACCAUCUCAGCCCUUGGCUGCUCAAGCUAUCCCAUGAAGUUCUUAUCCUGGUGGUGGGUGACUACCAAGGCCUUGUUCUUCCCCACGUCAUCACAAUGUGAAUCCCAGCAAGAGCACCUAUCCUACCACCCACCUGAGGCCUUGUUCUGGGGGAACACCAGGGACAGGCAGAUAGAGACUGGUAGCCCCUCAUUCGUCAACCCUGAUGUCCAUAAGAUGCUGGAGAUAGUGAUCACCAAGAAAGCAGAACUGAAGGUAUGGAAGGAGAGAGAAAAAGAUGUGUCAUUGUCAAAACAAAAUGGCUCAGACUACCACCUGAAGUCUUUGGGGAAUAUGUGGACAUCAUUGGGUGCCAAACAUGACUCCGCAAUCCCCCAACCCUUCUGGAGCAUGAAGGACAUAAAAGAGCAGAUGCCCAGUCCCCAGCAGUUCUCACAUCGCCAGCUCUUGGGGCACCAUCUACAGCAAAAAUGCAGCCAGCUCUUCUGGGGUCUCCCUUCCCUGCACAGCGAGUCCCUGGUGGCUACCUGGGUUGCUAGGGGCUCUUCUUACCCACAGCCUCUUUCAGUUUUAUUCAAUGGCAUAUGUAACCACUGCUCAGCUCCAAUUCAGCCUAGAACAUCUUCAGGGCUUUCACAGGCUUUACUUUUGCCCCUCCCUGAGGCCCAACCACAACCUUUGACUGGCAACUUGCCCCAGUCCCAGCCCCUACCUCUGGCUCAAAUUCAGUCCCAGGCCCAUCUCCUACCCUCCGUCCCAAUCCAACCACCUUCUCUGCCCCAGAUGAGCACCUCUGGGGUAUCUUGCCCUUCAGCUCAGAAUAAGGUACAAUAUUUCAUCCCACCUGAUGUUCAAAAUCUGGAAUUGAAAAGGGAGAGGGAUUUACUCUCUGUGACCAAAAGAUCUCAGGAAAUCUUUAGCCAACCUACUCCCAAACUUUCCCAGGAUAGUAGGACCUCCCGUAGUCACAGGAGAGUUUCCAUUCUUCACAGGAACUUUAUCAGCAAAAAUCUCCAGAAGCAACAUCUUCAAAAGAGGCUCAUCACAAAAAAACAACAGGGUGGCCUGCACUUCAGCGUCCAAGUGUCUCUGGAAAUGAUGCAGGCUCAGAGCCAAUUCCCAGGGGUGUGUCAGGCACAGGACAAGCAGGGGCCUUUGCAGGACUCACAGAAGAUGGAGUCCAGGUACCACAGAAGAUCCCAUAGGAAGGACCAACUAGGGAAGGACUUUCGCAGGGCUCUACAGCAAUAUAUGAUGAGGAUCCCAAAAGUUCUCUCCAGAGGCUCAAACACCUUCACAGUGAAGGCUCUGAAAAUAAAUUCUAAGAAGAAAUCAGAAAGGAACUUGAAGCCAUCAAAGAGUGAUUUAGGAACUUGCUUAUACACAGGCCCAGAAAACAAACAUGUAGAAAAAAUCUUAAAAGCCCAUUUGGACAGGAAGUUAGAACAGAUCAACAAAGGUUUGAUCCCUGUGAGUGUGGGUAGAUCCUGGCUUGCUGCCAGCCAUGUUUUUCCCAAGUGCCACACUCACACGGAAGCCAGAAAUCAAGCAUCCUUAAAGGGUCAGGAACAUUACCUAAACACCUCCUGUGAGCUUCCCUUCCUCAGUCCACUCACUCGACAGGUACUGGAAGCACAUAUGAUAAGGUUUCAGGUAAGACAUAGGUUGGGCCCGUCCCUCCAGGCCUUUGAGGCCAUAAAUCUCAUACUUCAUGAGACACAAUAUUUGACCCUUCCACAAGCCUGCUCCUCCACUUCAGCUGUCUGUGUAUUUGGGGUCCACUCAAAACACAAGUACACCACAGUCUUGGGAAAAUCCCCUCAUCCCUUUUUAGGAGAAAAAAUGAUAACAAAAAAGCCAUUGUUUACCCCAGCAGGUCCCCUUUCCAUCACAUCACCUAUGUCUGAGGAAAUCCAGAAGACCAUGGAAGGGACACCUUCUGGUUAUGGCUAUGGGCUGUCAGAGGCCCUUCAGAGUAGACAGGAGGGUAGGCCACCUCCUCAGUCCCUCACUCUCAGCCUCAUGGGAAAAAUCUGGCAAAUGGGGGCUGUCAUAGGCAUUGAAGAAAGAAGUGUGGAGCCAAAUCCAAGUUCAGCAGUAGCUGGGAAUGAGGUAAGGGAAGGGAGAAGGGCAAUACUAGAGAUGAACUUAGGAUCCCAAUCUUCAAGGGAUGAAGAGGCCAGGGAUGCAGUGGAGGAUGAGGAGACUCCUGCUUCGGAAGUCAUUGUGGAACCCAGUAUGCUGGCAAAUUCCCAAACCAUUAAUAUGGGUAUGAGGAAAUCAGAGUCUCUAGUGCCUGAUGAAAGUUCUUCACCUACAAAGUCAGUUGCCCAAGAUCUAGAAGAGCCAAACCUUAAAAAAGACAUUGCUAGUAAGUUUGAGCUCCAGGGAAAGGUAGAGUCAGAGAACCAGCUUCAAACCCUUGCCACCAGCUUGCUUCUUCAAGACUGUCACACUGAUGUCAUCCUUCAAGAGAAUGCAACCAACAUGUGCCUCCAAGAUUGUGCCACCAGUGUGCUCCUCCAAGACCCUCACAAUGAUGUACUCCUUGCUGCAGACAUUGCAGCUUCUCACAGGUCACAGAGGGAAAAUACCAGUGGGGACAUGCCAGCUGCCCAGGUGCCAUAUGACCUCAUAUUGAGUGGACAGAGCGGCGAGGGGCAGCAAGAGCCCAGGAUGCCAAAACUUAAGGACCCAUUUCUAAGUCAAAGUAAAAUGUUUGUCCCCACUGAUAGGAGGGAAAAUGAUAGGAGACCCAACCCAGGAGAGCACAGUGAAGGGUUGGCAGAACUGAGAACCUCACAGACCAGUGGGAUAAAAAACCCUCCCCAGGUCAGGGAAAUAGGAGGUACUCUUGGGAGCAAAUACCUCCAACUCCUGCCAGAGAAACGACAGGUUUUUCCAGAAAGCCACUUCAGAAAAAAGGUAAGGCACUCUCCACAGUAUCUUAACCCCAAUAAAAAGGGCAAAGGACAAGAACCUCUCCAAGAAGGCAAACCUGUCUCAACCGUUGCCCAGAGCCAGGAACCAGUCAAAAGCAGAUCAGUUAUGGACAAUGCACCUGUUGAAGCCCAGGUGAUCGUGAGAGCAGUUGGACAAAUCCUGGUGGAGAAAUUAGGACUUCAUCAAGGACUUCAUGCUAAGGAGUUAAAUCAACACAAAAAACAAUCCCAGGUCUCAAUAGGUGGUGGUUCCUGUUACCACAAGUUUCUCUCCUCUUCAAAGCAGAGAAGAGUGAGGACAUAUGGCCUACAGUCACCAAGCCACCCCCAAUGCCCACAACUGCUCUAA